AUGGCGCCCGUACCAUCCCCGCGCGACGUCGUGCGCGCAGCGCUUACGACAACAAGACAUGUCGAUGCACCAUCAUUACCCCUCGAGAUCUUACGACGAGAAACACCGUCAGCAUCCUCCGGCUCGCACACAGCGGCGCUAACGCGGCUCUUGCGACGAUUGGCGACCGAUGUAUCCGCAGUGCCUCAGGGCUACGGCUUGACGCCCUCAGGCCCGGAUGCCGGGACUGUUGUCGGCAUUGUGUUAGGCUCAGUGGCGGGCUUCAUACUGGUCUUGUGGCUGAUUUAUACUUGUGUCAACCUGGGCAACCCGCGCAACACCGUCGUGGAGACGGCCUCGGUGGGCGGCACGGCGUCGGUCGUGACGCGCAAAUCUCGCAAGCACCGGCGGCGGUCCCACCACUCCCACUCCCGCUCGCCACGGCGCGAGACGGUUGAGGUGCGCCGCACAGAGCGCAUCGUCCCUGUCCCGGGCCCCGAACGCAUCAUCGUCGAGGAGCGGAGCCGGAGCCGCGGGCCCCCACCCCCGCCGAUGCCCCCGCCACCGCGCAUGGUCGUGGAUGACGACGACGAUGAGGUUGUCGUCAUCGAGGAGAACACCCCGCCGAGGCGGCGCGAGAGCAGGCACAAGAGGAGGAGCAGCGAGCGCAGGAGCAGCGGAUACCGGGAGGUAGACCCCUAUCGGUAUGCCGGGGGUGACGAGCCUAUACGGAGCGUGAGUCGCCGGCGUAGCGACUCGCGCAGGCGGUGA